AUGUCAUCGAAUAAAGAUUUUCAAGUUUAUUUAACGGGUGGUUUUGCUGCCAUAGGAGGACUUCUAUUCGGCUAUGAUACUGGAGUUAUCUCAGGUGUACUUACAAUGUCAGAUUUUCUUCUGGCAUUUGGUGGUCCAGCUGCUGUUAUACGUGGCUCAUUACCAAGUUCUAUUUCGGGUUCCAUUGUGGGUAUUAUGCUUGUUGGUUGUUUUCUUGGUGCACUUUUAGCAGGUCCAGCGGGUGAUCGUUUUUCACGAAAAUAUUCCAUAGUCAUUUUUUCCUUGGUUUUUAUCGUUAGUGCUAUUUUACAAACAGGAUCAUUCAAUUUGUUCAUGCUACUUCUAUCACGUUUUGUUGCUGGAAUAUCGGUUGGUGCAUUAUCAAUGCUUGUACCCGUAUAUCAAUCAGAAAUAGCUACGAAAAAUAUUCGUGGACGACUUAUAUCAUUGCAACAAUGGGCUAUUACAAUAGGUAUUGCAAUUAGUUUUUGGAUAAAUUAUGGUACCAAUGUCUGGUUUUUUGGUACUAGUGCUGCAUGGCGUAUACCAUUAGCAUUACAAAUCGUUCCUGCCUUGACUCUUGCAGUUGGUAUUCUAUUUUUUCCAUUUUCACCACGUUGGCUGAUGGCAGUAGGUCGUGAUAGUGAAGCAUUACGUGUUCUCAGUCAAAUUCGUUCCGUUUCAUCAAUUGAAUGUCUUGACGAAUAUAACGAUAUAAAAAAUGAAAUUGAUCUUGAGCGUGAACAAGCUGUUAGAUCUUAUGCACAAUUUUUUUAUCCACCACUUCGUCGUCGUCUAAUACUUGGUGUAAGUAUACAAAUUCUACAACAACUUACGGGUAUUAAUUCUGUUAUGUAUUAUGCACCGGAAAUUUUCAAACAAGCUGGUUUAAACGAUCAAGGCGCAUCGUUACUUGCAACAGGCAUUAAUGGAUUUGUAUUGAUUAUUGCAACGAUACCAGCUAUUUUAUAUAUUGAUAAAUUGGGUCGACGUUUUAUAUUGAUCAGUGGAGCACUACUUAUGACGUUAUCAAUGUUAAUUAUGGGCGGAACGAUGGGAGUUCAUGGAUAUACACAUUUUAAUGAAACACUCGGUACUGUUCAAGUUAUUAUACCAAAUCAAACAGCAUCUUAUGUUAUUAUAUUUUUUGUUUACGUAUUCGUUGCAUCGUUUGCAUUUAGUUGGGGACCAACUGCUUGGGUUUAUUGUACAGAAAUUUUUCCAUUGAGUAUGCGUUCGAAAGGUACGUCAAUAACAACAGCUGCUAAUUGGGCAACGAAUUGUAUAGUUUCAUUUCUUGUACCAGCACUACUUGAAAGUCUUACAUAUGGUACCUAUCUUAUUUUCGGUAUAUUUUGUAUUAUUAUGGGUACUAUAAUAUUCUUAUUUUAUCCGGAAACAAAUGGCAAAAGUUUAGAAGAUAUGGACCUUGUUUUUGGUCAAUCAAUAUUGGCUGUUAAACCAUGUGGAGAAAAAGUAAAACCUCGAAUGAAAUCUAAAGAAAAACAUGGAAUUCACACAAAUCAAGCAUUUUCGCACAAUGAACCUGUUCAGAUUUAUCGUUUUUAA